GACGAGUUCCGGUGACGCACCGUCCGGCAUAUCCGGCGUAUCCGGCAUAUCCGGCAUCUGCGCCAUGCCAUGGUCUCUCAAGCCUGCCGAUGCCUAUGCAGCGGAGACUGGUUCGAUGAGGCGGAGCAGCUGGAGUUUGACGGCCUCGGGGGCGCAGCGGCGCCGAUCCCACCUGCGCGCUUCUCGGACUUGCUGGCCUACUCCACGGAUAUGGGCCAGCCCCUGCGGGGCAAGGCGAUGCGCUCCGGAGACCUUUGGUUUUUGCGCUCUGAGGCCUCUGCGGAGAAGGUGCAGGUCUCCUUGUUUGUGAAUGGCAUCGCCAUCGAGCACAAGGGCAAGGAGGUGCGCGCCUGCUUCUCGCCGUUCACACUGGUGCGGAACUGCAAGUUCCAGGAUUCGAGCUCCAUCAAUCAGCUCUCAUCCUUAAAGAUCUUCAAGAUCUUCUUUUUCGUGAAGAACCUGUGCUACUUCUUCGGGGUAUCUGCUGACGACGAAGCGCAAGCGGACAAGGACCGCCAGCUUUGGGUGUCCAGCAUCGCCAAAGCGGUGCAUUUGGUCACGCAGUCGCUCUUUCCUCCCUUCAGCAUCUCCUGUGAGCCCAUUUGCGCGGCGGCGGUGACGUCGCGGAGGCUCAUGGCAGGCUACGUGCUGUACCACAGCGGCGAGGAUGUCGCCACGGUGCUCUACGGGGAGCUGUCGCCCCACACCCGCGGCUCGGACCUCGCCAGGCUGGCCUUCUACGAGAACGAGCAGUGCCAGCGCCUCGCCAUGGAGAUUUGGAUCUCCGUGGCCAGCAACUGCUUCGAGAAGGUUGGCAUGAGCUGCACUUGCUUCUGCAUCAAUGGCCACGACUUUUCUGCGCGGACCACGGCGGAGAGGAAGCUUUGGCUCCGAGCAAUUUCCAACAUCAAGGUGAAGCUGCAAAACUCCGCCCCCGCCCCCUCGAGGGAAGACCUGGCUCACUACCGGGAGGCCAUCGAGGAGCAAGUGCGGUCCUUGGAGAACAGCCUGGAGGGCCGUGGGCCAGUGGAUUCGCUGCUGCAGCGCAUCGAGUGGACCAGGACGGAGGUCUCCCGCGUUUCGAGGGAGGCCGAGGAUGGCACCUGCAGCUCAUCGAUUUCGAGUGAGGAGGGCCUGGGGACAGCGGCGCCGAGGAGCGGAAGCGUCUUCGGGGCCUCCAAGCUCCACAGCCUCAGCAUCCCUGCCUUGUCACAGCCUCGCAGCGUGGCGCGGGAGGCCUCGCGCGGACCUGGCACGCCCAGGGCCUUUGCCGAUUGAGCCUUCGCUGCAGCUUUCCGGCGGCGCUUCCAAAGCUCGAGGCGUGAGCUGUGAACGGCUCGCAAGGUGUACAUAGGCGCACAGCUCCAACGCGUUGGCUUUGUGUCAGGGUCGAGGAAUGUGGGGCAGGUCGGUGUGUCGGA